AUGACGGGUUCCCCCAACAGAACAGAGGAGGGUUGUGCCACCGCCACUGGCAGCAAUGAGAAGGGCGUGUGGUGCGUGAGGAUUGUCCUGACUGGAAAAACUGGAGUGGGAAAGAGUGCAACUGGAAACACAAUCCUGGGAAGUGAUAUGUUUAAAUCAAAGAUCUGCAUGAAUUCUGUUACCAAGACCUGCCAAAGCAAGACUGGAGAGGUCUGUGGACGACCUGUGACUGUUGUGGACACACCAGGACUCUUUGACACAUGCCUCAGCAAUGAAGACGUCCGCAAGGAGAUCAUGAGAUGCAUUGAACUGUUGCUUCCAGGACCACACGUGAUUCUGCUGGUCAUCGCUGCCGGCCGGAUGACAUCAGAAGAGAGAGAGACACUUCAGCUCAUCAAGAUGACCUUCGGACAGAAAGCAGAUGCCUACACUAUGGUGCUGUUCACACGAGGAGACGAUCUCACAGAUCAAAGUAUUGAAGAUUGCAUUAAAGAAGGAGAUCCACACGUCCAGCAACUGAUAGAUGACUGUGGAGGACGAUAUCAUGUGUUCAAUAAUAAACAGAAGGACCAUGAUCAGGUCAUGAGUCUGUUAAAGAAGAUCGAUAAGAUGAUGUGGGAAAAUAAUGGCAGUUUCUAUAAUGACAAAAUGUUUCAUGAGGCUGAGAAAGCAUUACUCUGUCUGGUCUAUAAAAAGAGAGAGGAGGAGGUCAGACGAGAGAUGGAGGACAUUAAAGCCAAAUAUGAGUCUGAAAUCAAAGAAAUGAAUGAGAAACAAGAGAAAGAAAAAGCACAAAGGAAAAUUUGUGUCCUCCAGUAA